AUGGGCCGUACAAAGAGAUCGAUAAAACUCAGCCAGAGCAAAAGAUCAAGGCUAUCUACUUUUUCGAGACGUCAAGCUUGCAUUUUUAAGAUGGCUGAUGAGCUUGCCAAGAAGUCUGAUGAACUUGCCAAGAUGGCUGAUGAACUUACCAAGAGGCCUGAUGUUGAAUCAUUCUUCAACAAUGUACUUGAAUGUCUCAUGGGUGAAGAGCCUAAGGAGAUUUUUAGUAAGAGGAAUCAAGAAAAUCUUGAGAAGAUGACUGUAGAACAGAAAAUGGAGGUCUUGGUUGCUUUCAAGGGGAAACUGGAGGCCCUUCGAGCAGAAAUAUGCAGGGUUGAAGAGAGGAAGGCUUCGGCUUCUCUCUUGAUGCUCUCAAGGGAAACAAAUGAUCCUCGGAACUAUGUCGAAUAGACAUUUCGGAACUAUGUUUUUAAUUUCAAGACGUUUAUGGAAUAAUU